AGAAAAGAAAAUGGCACAAUUCAACAGAUUUAAUGUGAUUGGUUAUAAAAUAAUUACUAACUGAUUUACAAUAACUUGUCCAACUAUGCCUUUACUCCUUUCAAGUUAUUUAUAGUUGGUGUUUACUUGAAAUAUUUAUCUAAAAUCCAAAUAAAGCAUAUUAUUUUAAAAUAUUUCUUAUAAAUAUAUACUUAGUAUUCAUAUGAUCAAAUUUUUUGGCGUGCAAUAAUUUCUGUAAAUAUUGCUCUGCAGUGAACGUGUUCUUGAACAAGUUUUACAUUAAAUAUCAAUAUUUAAUUCAAGAGUGAGGAAAAUAAUCAAGUUAUUUACGAAAAAUUUCAAAAUAUAUAGAGCAUUUCUACUCAAAAUUAAUAUUGUAUAUGUAUGAUUAAUUACCAAUUAUACAAUUUUCUAUGGUUCCCGAGCACAUUUCAAAAUGUUAGUGGACAUCGUGAAAAACUAGGAAACAUCAUCAAAACGGAAACAGUUAAAUUGUCAUACGUCAAUCUAAUAAGUCAAUAUUAAAAUGGCGUCGUAGUAAUAGAUGCUACUUGUAUUUUCAAAAAAACAAUGAGAUUUGUAGGGAAAUGAUUCUUUUACAUUGAUUAUUUAUAUAUACUCACUCAAUAAUCAUGGACGCUGUUAAGUCCUUUAACCAGGAGCUAUCCUCCUUGUACGAGGUGAAACCUCCGAUAUCUAAGGCCAAGAUGACUGCUCUAACGAGAGGGGCAAUUAAGGCCAUCAAAUUUUACAAACACGUAGUGCAAAGUGUAGAAAAGUUCAUCUUGAAAUGUAAAUCCGAAUAUAAAGUGCCUGGACUGUACGUUAUAGACUCUAUAGUGAGACAAUCCAGACACCAAUUUGGUGCAGAUAAAGAUGUUUUCGCCCCUAGAUUUGCGAAAAAUAUGCAACAGACUUUUGUGAAUUUGUUCAAGUGCCCUCCUGAAGAUAAAAGUAAAAUAAUUAGAGUGCUCAACCUUUGGCAAAAGAAUAACGUAUUUCUACCUGAGGUGAUACAACCAUUAUUUGAUUUAGCUGAUCCCAAUAAUCCAAUUUAUAAAGAAAUUGAUGCCAUGCAACAAUCAGCGAAUGGUUUUAAUAAUACCACAUCAUCAUCAAUAAUCAAAGGUUCACCAGCCCUUCAAAGAACACCCACCAAAGGUCAGCAAGGCAACGAAACUCUUCAUGGGUCGACUACAAAUUUGAAUUUGACAGAUCCAAAUGUGCUGCAACAGUUACAACAACUUCAAAGGCUCAUAUCUAAGAAUGUAGAAAAUUCCACAAGGACUGAACAAGUUCAUUUUGAUAAAAAAUUAUUAGAUUUUGAUUAUGAUGAAGAUGAUGAUGAUAUUCAUCCUUCGCCAAGGCCCCAACAACCUACUGCCGAAUCAAUUUUACCAGUUACAAGCCUUUUGACAAACCCAGAAGUUCUUAGACAGCUUCAGACACUGCAACAAACCAUGGCAAAUGCUGUCCAACCACAAAUCCAAGACUUGGAUAGUGAUAGAAUAAGAAAAAUGCAGGAAAUGAAGCAACAGGAAGAAGAAUUUGACAAGCAUCUUGCUCAAACUGUACCAAAUCUUCCAUUCGCUUCAGAAUGUGAAUUCCGCAGUAGUUCAAACCAUCUCUCUAUGCAAAACAAUUAUUACAUGGAAGGUAUGAACCCCCCAGCUCCUCAAUAUCAUCAAAACUUAGAACAACAGUCAAAUCAAGUUAUUGUUGAAAAAUCAAAUCAACAUCAAGAUGAUAACGCCGAAGUCGAAGUCAUCACUCUUGAUCAAGACGACUCCCGUUCAGUUUCACCUAAUGAAGAUAGGUAUAGGAAGAGGAGGAGAAGCAGAUCUAGAUCGAGAGAUAGAAGAGGAAGGGAUAGGGACAGAGAUAGGAGGCGAUCUAGGUCAAGAUCAGGAUCGAGAAGACGUAGAUCAAGGUCAAGAGAAAGAAGUAAAAGAGAUAAGAGUAAAGAACGAGAGAAAGAAACUGAAAGAGAUAGGGAGAGGAAAAAGAGAGGGUUGCCAUCUAUUAAGAAAGAUCAUCUUAGUGUGUGUAGUACAACUUUAUGGGUCGGACAUCUGUCAAAAUUAGUACAUCAGGACGAUCUGUCUAAUACGUUUGGUGAAUACGGAGAUGUAGUCAGUAUAGAUUUAAUACCACCAAGAGGAUGUGCAUUUAUAGUAAUGUUAAGGCGACAAGAUGCGGCUAAAUGCUUGACAAAAUUAAAAGGACAUAAUUUACACGGGAAAUCUAUAACGCUUGCAUGGGCUCCGGGGAAAGGAGUCAAAGGUAAAGAUUUGAAAGAUUAUUGGGAAGGUGAUUUAGGUGUUUCAUAUAUACCAUAUACGAAAAUAAAACAAGAUAUAGAUAUUGAUCUAUUAGAAGAUGGUGGUAUGAUAGAUGAAGAAACUAUGCCGCAAUGGAUGAAAGAAAAAGUAGAAAAAAUGGGUAAAAAACCCAAUGUAGAAAUAACUAAUAUCUCUAUAAACACUGGAACCACUACUACUACAAUAGAUACUAGCCAACCUCCACCUAUGCCUGGAACUGGUUUAUUACAACCCCCGCCUAUAAUGCCAAUGGUGAAUCCUUUCCAAUUUAACAAUAGAUUAUUGGGUAUGAAUGUACCGCCCGGUAUGAUGCCUAAUAUUCCUAAUAUGCCGAGUUUACCGAAUAUGCCUAAUAUACCUAUAGGAGUUCCACCGCCUAAUAUGGCCGGACCACCCAUGAUGGGAUUGGGAAUUGGGUCGCAUUUCCAAGGUUUCAAAGUAGGACCGCCUAACAUGAUGCCACCUCAACUACCAACGUUAGAAAACAAAUCGAACGUUAACGCCGACGCCAAUCUUCACAGUAUUGGUGAAUCGUUAAUGAGCAUCACUCAAUCAUUUGGUAUUGUACCUCAGCCGCCUGCUCCGCACGAAGACACCAUGGAUAUAGAAAUGGAAGACGCCGAUUCGAAAACAAUGGAAAACAAAACUUUCAACGAAAAUCCACCUCUAGGUCAGUUUAAUAGGUCUAACAGGGAUGACGAUAGAAGGGAUAGAAGAGAAGAUAGAGAUAGACGUAACAGGAGUAGAGACAGAGAUAGAGAUAAUAGAGAACGAGAUAGAGAUAGGAGUCGCGAACGUCAUAGUCGCGAUAGAGACAGAGAUAGAGGCGACAGGGAUCGGGAUCGGCGUUACAGAAACGAUAGAGAUAGUAGUAGAGGUAGAGAUCGUGAUAGAGAUAGACGAGACGAUCGUCGUGAUAAUAGAGAUAGGGAUCGCGGUAACCGUUUCGGCGAUAGAGAUAGAAGAGAUACCAGAGAUUCAGAAAGGGAUGAUAGAAGAGAAAAGGAAAAGACGCUCAACGACCGUUUAAGAGAAAUGGCCGGGAUGGGUGGAGGUUACGAAGAUAGAGAUAGAAGCAGAAGUGAUCGAUUUAACAGAGAUAGAGAUCCUUCAUUUAAAUUUGCACCAUUUAGAAAUAACGGAAGAUCUGAGGACGAGUUCGGGCGCGAUAGAGAAAAUUCGUUUAGACAGAGAGAUCAGUUAAACAGAAGUAGUAGAGAGAGAGAUAGAUCCAGUGAGAACAAAAAUAAAUCUGAAGGUGCAUCGAAUAUAGAAAACAAAAAAAAUGAUAGUGAAGAUAGAAAAGAUGAAACUGUCGAACAUAAAGAUGAAGAAAAAGGAAAGAGUAAAGAAAAUAAUGUUGCCAAUACGAAAAACGAUGUUGGAGAAACAGUAGGGGAAGAUAAUAAAACUGAAAAAGAUAACAAUUCUGAAGAAGAUAAAACAUCCGAGGAAACAGAUAAGAAGGAAUCGCUCAAUUUUGAAGCUCCCUCUUAUGAGACUCCUCCAUCCUUCGAUGCUCCACCACCAUUUAAUGGUCCACCCCCAUUCGAAGGUCCACCUGGAGUAUUUGAUCUUCCUCCUAGGGGUAUAUUCGACGCUCCUCCGAUAUUCAAUGAUGGAACACCUCCUAUGGGAAUGUUCAACGAAGGACCACCUAGAGGUUUUUUCAACGAUGGCGGUCCGCCGAUGAUGUUCGACGACGGUAUGCAGAUGAGAGGAAGAGGUAGAGGUCGAGGUAAUAGACGCGGCGGUCGCGACAUGCGCAUGGACGGUCCGCCGGAAAUGAAUAUGAUGGAUGGACCGCCGAUGGGAUUCCCCGAUGGACCUCCUAUAAUGGACGGAACGCCCGGUAUAAUGCCGCCGUUUAAUGACAGAUUUAUGCGAGGUGGAAGAAGGGGCGGUAUGAGAGGCAUGCCUCGUGAAGAUUUUUACCCUAGAGACGAUUUCGCACCGAGGGGUAGAGGUAGGGGGCGAGGAAGAGCGAUGUUCUUCAGAGGUAGAGGCGGCUUUAAUCCACGUUUCGAUGGACCUCCAUUUGACGGUCCACCAUCUUAUGAGAAUUCCUUUGAUGGACAACCUGGUCCACCACCUUUUGAUGGACCAUCAUUUAGAGGUGGUCCAAGAUUUAGAGGUACCCCUAGACGAGAUGAUCGAUUGUGGGUGAGACCAGAGUUUAAUACAUCCGGUAGAGGCGGUAGAAGAAGUAGAUGGGGCUCGUCACCUCCACCUGGAGAUGACGGAGAAGGAGAUGGUAAUGAAGAAUGUACUGGAGCAUCUUUCUUGGAUGAGGGUGGUGAUGAAUCGAUGACAGAAGGACCAAAUGAUCCUGUAGUGAUGGAAAGUGGAGAGAGUGAGAAUAAUUGUUAUGAUAAAGGUGAAGACGAUGGUAAAUUUGAUGAUGGUGUUGAUAUGGAAUCAGAAGUACCUCAAGAUGGUAAAUGUACGCCGGUUGUGGACGAAAGACCGCUUCCACAAGAAAAUAGCGGUACGGAAGAAACAUUAGACGGCCCCCCGGGGGAGUAAAACGUUUUUAAAGAUUUUAGACGGUUUUUAGAACUUUUUUUAUAUAUAUAUACAAUAGUGUAGGUAAAAUCAUAAAGUAUCAAAUACGAAUAAUGAUAAUAAUAAUCAUGAUAACAGAUCUCGAAGGAAUUUUUUCUUUUUAUUAUUGAACAGUAUAAUAAUUAUUAAGAUAAAGUGCAAAUAUUUCUAUAUUUAUAGCGAAUUUGAUUGAUCGUGUGUAAAAUCAUUAUAAGAGAUCUUUAUAUUAUUAUUAUCAUUAUUAAAUACUUUUACCUAAGAAGGAAAAUAUGAAAAAAUAUUUAUAUAAAUGAAUAUAUAAAAUUGGUUCGUCGUAUCUGACGCAAUAAUUAUGUGUAUAAACCCCUUUGGCUGACCUUUGUUUUGAAUAUAAGUGCUUUAAAUAAUUGUAAAUAGAUUUUAAAAAUAUCGCGAAGAAGGAACUGAUUGUAAAAUUCUUUUUUUUGUAAAUUAGUUAAAGGGACGCUUUUAGCUGUGAUUCGGGUGAAAGUGAACACAGGUGAACAAUCGGGACGGUUAAUAUUAUUAUUUUUCAACUUUUUUUGUCUAGACUCCUUUGUACAGUAAAAUAAAUGUUUUAUUUAUUUAUUUAAA